UCUCGAGGAACGACGUAUUCGCGAUGAUCGGCACCGGAAAUACCGUCAGUUACGCAACCACCGUCUGCAUCCUGGCCAUGCUGCUCUGCUUGGGAUCUCGCGCUUCCGGUGAAUACGAAUCGAGGGAGACGGGCUCGAGCGGCGGGUCGAACGACGGUAGAUCGCCGAGCAACGAUUUCGGCUCGUGUAUCGAUGGCAAGUGCAUCAAGCGCACCCCGCAGGAUAUCGCCAGCGGCAUGUGGUUCGGCCCGCGUUUGGGAAGGCGACGCAGAUCGGACGAGAAGCAGGAAGUGAGUUCCGAGAUUCAGGUCCUGGCGAACGCGUUGGACGGCGUGCAUUGGGCAGUUAUUACGAUUCCGGCUAACGACAAAAGACAACCGCCUCAAUUUACACCGCGUCUGGGACGAGGAUCGAGCGAGGAUCUAUUCUCCUACGGGGAUCCAUACGAAAUCGACGAGGACGACCGUUCGUUACCGCCGAUAUUCGCACCUCGUUUAGGGCGUAGGCUUCCCUGGACACCGAGACUUGGACGUCAAUUGCGCAACGUACUACGGAAACUGUAAACGCUAUCCGAUCAAAGCUACAAGAUCAUUCAAAGUUGAAGAAUGAAGUAUGAUCUUGUAGAUUGGCGCGAUUAUGAGAACCUUGAAACGACGACCACAAUUAUAACAUUAUUAUACGUAAGACAUAAAAAAAUAAAGUAUAUUUGUAUUGCGAAAACUA